AUGGCGGCCCAGGCGAUCUAUCUUCCUCCAGAAAUAAUAUCCCUAGUCCUGUCGUUUGUCCAAGAUUUACCAGAAGCAAAUGAAACUCUGACAUCAUGCUGCCUGGUAUCUCAUGAGUGGUGGUCGAUGGCAGCCCCCAUCCUAUAUGAGAAGCCUAAGAUUCCCCCCAAACACUAUACAACGUUUACUACAAUUCUCACCAGUAACGACCCUUUAUAUGCCCCAAAGGGAGAGCUGGGCCAACAUGUGCGUCGACUCGAUUUGUCUGAGCUUGUGUAUCACAGCACAAAUUCCUUGACCGCCCGGCUCCUUCGAAGCGUGAGGCAAGGACUCCAAGUCUUCAUUGCCCCGGCAUAUUCCAUUUCGUCAAUAAAUCUCCCUUCAGUUGCCAAAUGCCAAAAGCUCCGCAUUCUAGACCUCUCCUUAGUUGUCACAGAGCUCACACUCAGCGAAAUUAAAACUGCCACCAAAUCUAUCUCGAGCCUAACAACCCUUCGCCUACCUAGAGAGACAUCAUUGACCCUUUCCUCCAACGAUAUCCCUUGGCCCCCAAAUCUCACAACGUUGCAGUUCGGCGGUGAUGACCCAGCUGAUAUCCCUGAUUUCUCCAAGAGCUUCUCCUGGCCCGAAAAGUUAUCCAGUCUUACCUUACAUGGGUGCAAACGCCUCACCCUUGACUCUAUUUUCGCCAUAUUUGAAAACGACCUCUUUCGGCAAAAUCUACGUCGUCUCAGAAUCACGGACGACAACUACAAGCUUCAUUUUCGAAUCAUGGCUGACUUCCUUCCUUUGGUCCCCAAAUUAACAUUUCUUAGUUUACCUGGAAGCGAUAUCAAUUCCACUACUAUUCCAGCCAUGGAGACUUUGGAUAUGAAACUCGAUUUGGAAAUUCUUGAACUUGGGAAAUCUUUUUCGACAUGGGUGUUUCCACACAGCGCAUUAACCCGUGCGCUUGAAGGUGCUCUUCAUAAACUUCGACGCAUUGGUUUUCAUGAGAUUCACUGGAGUUCAGAAUAUGCGGACCUUGAUCAGGUUUUAAUGGCUAAUGCCAAACGAGCCGGUUACGAUGAACGUAAAUUAGAUAGUGGUGAGAUUUCGACGGGAUGCUACGUAUUUCCUUAA